UUCUGCAGCUGUAAAAUGGGUCCAACCGCAUCCACUCCUGGUGGAAAUCAACUGAAACAACAGGAGCUCCCAGCCCGUGUGAACCUCUCAGCCGCCCCUGCCCCGGCACCCGCAGCACCCACUGCCUUGCACUCCAAGAUGGACGAGCUGGAGGGGCAGCUGCUGGCCAAGGUGCUGGCGCUGGAGAAGGAGCGUGCGGCUCUCAGCCACAGCAGUCACCGGCAGCGCCAGGAGGUAGAGAAGGAGCUGGACGCCCUACAGGGACGUGUGACGGAGCUGGAACACGGGUCCUCGGCCUACAGCCCCCCAGAAGCCUUCAAGGUCGGCAUCCCCAUCCGCAACAACUACAUGUACGCCCGCGUGCGGAAGGCUCUGCCCGAGCUCUACGCCUUCACCACCUGCAUGUGGCUGCGGUCCAGGUCAGGUGGCACGGGCCAGGGCACACCCUUCUCCUACUCGGUGCCUGGGCAGGCCAACGAGAUCGUGCUGCUGGAGGCGGGCCACGAGCCCAUGGAGCUGCUGAUCAACGACAAGGUGGCCCAGCUGCCAAUGAGUCUGAAGGACAACAGCUGGCACCACAUCUGCAUUGCCUGGACCACAAGGGAUGGCCUGUGGUCUGCCUACCAGGAUGGGGAGCUGCGGGGCUCCGGGGAGAAUCUGGCAGCCUGGCACCCCAUCAAGCCUCAUGGCAUCCUUAUUCUGGGCCAGGAGCAGGAUACCCUGGGAGGCCGAUUUGAUGCCACCCAGGCCUUUGUUGGUGACAUUGCCCAGUUUAACCUGUGGGACCAUGUGCUGACACCUGCCCAGGUCCUGGGCAUUGCCAACUGUACUGCAUCACUGCUGGGCAACGUCCUCCCUUGGGAAGACAAGCUGGUGGAGACCUUCGGGGGUGCCAAAAAGGCUACCUUCGAUGUCUGCAAGGGGAGGACCAAGGCGUGAAGGCCACCUCGUCCAGGGCCCCUCCCAUGCCUGCCACUUCGGGGACCUUGAGGGGGCUCUUCCCCCCUCAGCCUGUCCGCGUGCUGUCCUUUCCUCCUGCCCACUCCUGCCCGUGCCUCCCUCUUUCCCUCACCUGCACCCGCUCCUCCAGAAUGCCCUGUCCUGAGGUGGGUGUCCCCUGGGUGGGGACAAGCAUCUUAAGUCUACAGUGAAGCCUGGGGUGAGUCCUGGCUCUGGCCCUCCUGGCACUACACAGGAGUGUUCUCCCCACCCCACCCUCCCCCAUCCAUUGAUCCCAACAGCACCCGCACGGGGUUGUUGUGGGGUGGCCCCUAUGCUGCAGGCCUGGGCUUGUCCCCUCCAGGGCCACAGAAGGCUGUAGAAGUGGAUGACAGAGACUCGGGGCAUCAGACUCACCUUCUCCCCUUUCCCGCCAGCUGCCCACCUGGGAGCCUCCCCACCCUCGACCCCUUCCUCUUCUGUGUGCAGCGGUUUGAAUCUUGGUUCCUUGCCUGGUGCAGCCCCAUUUCAGUUUCCAGGACAUUCCCUUCCCAGCUCCAGCCUGGAGAGCUAGGGACCAAGAGGCCCCAAAGCCCAAGGGCUGUAGUAACCCCUGUGCCCACUGCCAUGGUCCCCUCCUCCUCCAUGCCCAGGACAGGUCCGGGACCCCAUAUCCUGAGCUAGGGGAAGCUUCAGGCAGACACAGCAGCCCAGGCAGCAUCGCUGCUGUCGGAGCCACAUCACCAAGCCAUGUGGCCCCUGUGAGUGCCUGCCCUACGGGAGCCUUGCUUUGUUCCCUGUGCGUCACUCCCAGAGCUCUGCAGAGCCAGUGUGAGAUGACUUGAGAUCCUCGGCA